UGGAGCCCUUUCUCCUAGAGAAUGCACAACCAUUUUCCCCAAUCAUGGCCCAGAGGGUUUAUGCUCGUCCCAUUUUGCCCAAAAUCCAUUGCCAUUUAAGAUUAGCUCGUCUCUUGAUCAACCCUCAACAUAUGGAAAUGAAUUAAAUUCUUCAAGGAAUCAUCAUUCUCGUCUUCCAUUUCAGUUUCCUGAUUUUGUUAGCUAAAUCCCCUUUUUGGUUGAAUUUCAAACCUCAUACAAUAACUCUGUUGGAAACGAGCGAAUCUGAAGCCAUGAACUGUAUCUACAAAGACUCAAGUGCGCCCAUCGAGGCCAGAAUUCAAGACCUCCUCUCUCGGAUGACCCUUCAAGAGAAAAUCGGACAAAUGACCCAGAUUGAGCGCAGCGUCGCCACCCCUUCCGCCAUUAAAGACCUCUGCGUAGGCAGUAUACUAAGUGUUGGUGGAAGUGGGCCAUUUGAGAAUGCAAAAUCUUCGGAUUGGGCAGCCAUGGUAGAUAGUUUCCAGAAGGCUGCACUGGAGUCUCGGCUCGGAAUUCCGUUGCUGUAUGGUAUUGAUGCCGUGCAUGGUAAUAACAAUGUGUAUGGUGCUACCAUUUUUCCUCACAACAUAGGCCUCGGAGCCACCAGAGAUGUUGACUUGAUUCGGAGGAUUGGUGCUGCCACUGCUCUUGAAGUUAGGGCAAGCGGGAUUCAUUAUACUUUUGCUCCGUGUGUUGCUGUGUGUAGAGAUCCCAGAUGGGGAAGAUCCUAUGAGAGUUUUGGUGAAGACCCUGAGAUUGUUAAGAUGAUGACCUCAAUGAUCUCUGGGUUGCAAGGACAACCACCCCAAGGACACCCGAGCGGUUACCCAUUUCUUGCUGCAAGACAACAUGUUGUUGCAUGUGCAAAGCAUUUUGUAGGAGAUGGUGGCACCAGGAAUGGUAUAAACGAGGGAGAUACAAUAUCAUCAUAUGAUGAACUAGAGAAAAUUCACAUGGCUCCUUACCUUGACUGUAUUUCUCAGGGAGUAUGUACCAUCAUGGCAUCCUACUCCAGCUGGAACGGGACCAAAUUACACAAUAGCCAUUUUCUUCUUACAGAGAUCUUGAAAGAUAAGCUUGGAUUCAAGGGGAUUAUCAUUUCUGACUCGGAAGGCCUUGACAGGCUUUCUAAUCCUCAUGGAUCUAAUUACCAGCAGAGUGUUCUAUCAGCUAUCAGUGCGGGUAUCGAUAUGGUGAUGGUACCUUUCCGAUUUGAAUUAUUUCUAAAAGAUUUGAUGCAUUUAGUAGAGUCGGGAAAAGUACCAAUGACCAGAAUUGAUGAUGCAGUUGAAAGAAUUCUGAGAGUAAAGUUUGUAUCUGGCCUCUUUGAACAUCCCCUGAGCGAUGGAUCAUUGUUGGCUACGGUUAAUUGUGAGCUACAUAAGAAAUUAGCACGUGAAGCAGUUAGAAAGUCCUUAGUUCUGUUGAAGAAUGGGAAGGACCCAAAGAGGCCUUUUCUUCCACUGGACCGGAGUGCUAAAAGAAUUCUUGUGGUUGGAAGGCAUGCCGAUGAUCUCGGAUAUCAAUGUGGUGGAUGGACAAUGACUUGGGAAGGGAAAGGUGGCAGAAUAACCACUGGGACUACCAUUUUGGAUGCCAUUAGAGAAGUGGUUGAUGGAAAAACAGAAGUGAUAUAUGAACAAAAUCCAUCUGCAAGCACCUUGGCAGGAAAAGAUUGUUCUUUCGCCAUCGUUGUUGUGGGCGAAGGUCCAUAUGUGGAGUUUGGAGGUGACAGCACAGAGCUCAAGAUUCACUUCAAUGGAGCUGAACUAAUAAAUGUGGUUGCUGAUAAAUUCCCAACACUGGCAAUCUUGAUAUCUGGGAGGCCUUUGGCUUUAGAGCAGCAGCUUUUGGAUAAAAUGGAAGGUCUGGUUGCUGCAUGGCUGCCAGGCAGUGAAGGGGGAGGAGUCGUGGAUGUUAUCUUUGGCGAUCAUGACUUCCAAGGACGACUUCCAGUCACCUGGUUUAAGAAUGUUGAACAACUCCCAAUGCAUGCUGAAGACAACUCGUAUGAUCCUCUAUUUCCAAUUGGUUUUGGCUUAACAAGCAAGAACGAAAUUCUCAAGGGCUGACUGGCUCCUGAGCACAUUCAAAACUUGUAAGUUUCUUCACCUUAUGAAGCAGGAAAUGCCCACUUCCGCAUUAUUCAUUCAGCCGUUGCGAUGUCUUGCUACAACCUGUUUGAAGUGAUUGCCAUCAUAAUGCCGCAUCACUUACACAUUCGACCCUUAAAUUUCUAAUGGUGUAAGAAGGUAUAUGAAUGGAGUUAAGUUGAGCUGAAUAAUACCCUCAGUUUAGAUUAUUAAUGAUCUUAAUUCUGUGCUUGAGCUCGAUUUAUUUUUGAUAAUCAUAUGAGCUGACAUAACUGAAUGCUAGAUAUGUCUGAAUAGAGUUCCACAUUGCCCAGUU